UCUUAAUCCUUCACAUUUAUUAGUCUUUUUGGGCUAUGGGUGUGUACUAAUCAAGCAACCAACCAACCAAACCCAAUCUCUUCUCCCUUCAUUUGUACUUUGCUUAAAUAGAUUUCAUAUUAUCGUUAGUCUCUUCUCACCGCUCCAAUAUCUCCAACCGAAAACCCAGCAAGUCUGAUCAAACCCCAGUAACACCUCAAGAACCAAGCAACAUGAAAGAAGAGUGCCACCACCAGCAAAGAAGACUGCUCAUGAACAAGCUCUUCAAUACUCCUGCUGCUUACGUCAUCCUCUUUUUGCUAUCCUACACACUGGGUUACCUAUCGGCCCCCUCCACUCCUUCUCCGCCUUCUAGAACCAUCACCGUCUUCCAUCAAUCACCCAACUCCCCACAAGAACUCAGCAAUUUCCGAGUCACGUCUCGCUGCGCCGACCCGCUACCUUCGAGGCUCGUCCGAGAGACGGUUCUUGGGAGAAUCUUUAACGGUACCUCACCCUACGACGAUUUCCCGCCGCCUUACGUCGGAGACCUCCUCCGUAAUAACAGAAUCAAAGGCUGGGGUUCAUACGGUGCCGUUUUCGAGCACCUUAUUCAAGAAGUGAAGCCGAGAAUUAUCAUCGAAGUGGGGACUUUCUUGGGCGCGUCGGCUCUCCACAUGGCCGAGUUGACUCGGAAAGUCGGACUCGAGACUCAGAUUCUAUGCGUUGACGAUUUCCGGGGAUGGCCCGGGUUCAGGGACCGCUUGUUCAAGGACAUUAAGAUGGUAAACGGUGACGUUUUGCUGCUAUACCAGUUUCUGCAGAACGUCAUUCACAAGAAUGCCACCGAUACGGUUUUACCCGUACCAUUCUCGACCGGGUCGGCUCUUGAGAAGUUAUGCGAAUGGGGCGUGUUCGGUGAUUUAAUCGAAGUGGAUGCGGGUCAUGAUUUUAAUUCAGCCUGGGCGGAUAUAAACCGGGCUCAUCGGAUCUUGAGACCCGGUGGAGUGAUGUUUGGGCACGAUUAUUUUACAGCUGCGGAUAAUAGAGGUGUAAGAAGAGCGGUUAAUUUGUUUGCCCGGAUAAACGGGUUUGGUAUCGAAACGGACGGGCAACAUUGGGUCAUCCGUUCCUCUUGACUCGACUCGUUUUGCAUUUAUUUUCUUUGUAUCGAAAUUUCUUGUGAUGAUGUGAGACUUGAGUAUAAAUUUAGUCUUUUUUAUUUAUUUUUUUAUAAGGGAAGGUAAGAGACUCGAACUCGAGACUUCUAUAAGAUACUAUACGCAUAAAUAUUAUUAGAA